AUGGGCAUAACAAUUCAUGAACAGAUUGAAAAUCAAAGUUUCAAACAAAUGGAUUUACAAACGAAACGACACGGAAACAAGUAUGAUAGAGUGAUGUCUCGUGUGAAUAACCGAUCAAGAAAUACAUUAAAGUCUACUUCACUCGUUACUCGACAUGAAAGGCCCUCAACUGUUUCUGUUGGCGCCAAACCAUCUGUUUCGAACGUUAGUUCUUCUUUGUUCAGUGAACUUCCCCUUGUAUUGAAUGAUUACUCUCCUAAAGUGCCAUCACGACAAAAGUUUUUAGUGAAACCUAGGCGGACUAUACCUUCCUUAAAUCCUUCAACGUCACCUCAUCGCCAUUUGUCCGUUACCAAAAAUAUUACCCAAACAGUACCAAAGAUUAAAGUUAAGGGUUCUGCACCGGUUAUUUCAAAUAGUGAUAGUGAAAACUGGGCCGAUACACACCUCAGGCAGUGUUACUCAAGUAGAUCGCAUUGUAGAUUAAAGGAGUUAAAAGAUGAGAUUAAAGCAUAUCGUGAUACAGAAAAACAGAUGAAAUUGCGUGCUCGAUUAUAUAAAAGCUGUGGUGUAAUACUGAAUGAAGAGGGUCAUGUGGCAGCAGACAAAGCGGUCCAGGUACAAGAGUUGGACACCAAAGAAUCAGUUCUAUACUGUGUUGUGAAUAUUUGGCUGAAUACAAACAUUAAAAAAGAUGACGAAUAUGCUGAAUACUGA